AUGAAGACUCUUGCAUUUCUGCUGCUUCUGAUGCUUCUGGCUCACGUCGCGUCCUCCGAGUCAGCUUACUGCGGAAGACUCGAUUGCUGGCAUGACUGCAUCUUCAAGUUCUACAGAUACGGAGUUUGCGUCGGUAGCGAGUGCCAGUGUCGCGGCAAAAUCGGCGGUGGAAAAUGAGAGAAUAAAGCAAAACAAUGUAUAUAAUCCGGCCGAAGCGUCGAAUAAAGCACAAGAAUAGAGCAUACUA